ACUUUGACACUCUGCAAGCUCUGUAAAAAACCGGAUCGUCCACAAAAAGGCAUACGACCUAUUUUUAAAACACAUCACACAUGUUACGUUUUGUGAUUUAAUUUGGGCUUCGAUCCAAAUAAGUUUAAAAUAAACCCAGUCUUCUGUUCCCUUCUGUUGAUGUUCCAGUAGCAUCGAGAUAAUUCUACAUCCAUUUUAAAUGCAUCCGAACCGUGUGGGAGUUCUCAGUACUUUUUAUCUAGUCACCAGUGCAACUACUAUUUUUACAACUAUAAAAUAAUAUAUAAAAUAAAUUUAACUAUAAAAGAAAAAAGUUUAGCUCUUAUAUAUAAAAAAAAGGAAAAAAAUUAGAUAUUUUUGAACCAGUUGAAAGGUGUUUUUCACAAGUGUUGAGUUAAUUUGAGAAAGAAACGAAAGAAAUAAUGACUAAGGAAGAAUUGACAUCGCAGGAAUGGAAGGAAAAGGGCAAUACGGAAUUUAAUAGAGGCAAUUGGCAGGAGGCACUCUGUUUUUAUACGAAUGCAAUAAAAUUGUCGGUGGAUGAUAAUUUCGAUAAGGCAGUAUAUUUGAAAAAUCGAGCUGCAGUUCAUCUGAAACAAUUAAAUUACGAGAAGGCAAUUAAGGAUUGCGAUGAUGCUCUGAAAAUUUCUCCCAACGAUCCAAAGGCUCUGUUUCGUCGAUGUCAGGCUUUCGACGCUUUGGAGAAGUACGAAGAAGCUUAUCGUGAUGCUCGAUACAUAAUUAAUGUCGAUCCUGGUAAUAAAGCAAUACAACCGAUUAUCGCCCGUCUUCACGAAAUUGUUCAGGAAAGAAGCAAACAGAAUUCCCGUGUCAGCACUAAGGUUUCUCAAAUGUUCGAAUUGGCGUUUAAUUUACAAUCGGAUAGAGAGAAGAGGGAAACGGCGAUGAAUAAUUUGCUGGUACUCUCGAGGGAGAAGGCCGGUGCUGAAAUAAUGUUCGCCGAGAAUAUUAUUACAAAAAUAAUCAAACUCUUGAAAGUUGAUAAAAACGACGAUAUUGCAAUUGCUGCGAUUCGAAUUGUUGCCGAACUUUGCAAGGAUAAUGCAGUACGAACAGACAGUCUUAUAAAAGAAGUUGGAGUGCCUUGGUUUUUAGAGAUUGUUAACAGCAAAAAUGAAGAGCGUGUCAAUGCAUCACAAUAUUGUAUGCAGACAAUUUUGAACUCGUACAGUGGACUGAGUAAUAAACCGGAUUCAAAACCGAAUAACGAGCUUUGUGAGAAAUACAAGAAGGAAAUUGACACUAUUUUGUCGUGUUUGGUAUUCAGUACAACGAGUCGUAUACUUUCUGGUAUUGCCCGGGACGCAAUUAUCGAACUACUAAUUCGAAAUAUACACUACACGGCGCUAAAUUGGGCAGAACAAUUGGUUGACAUCAGAGGUGUUCAACGAUUAAUGGAAGUUGCCAGUGAACUUACGGAAUAUAAAUACGAGUCAGCGAUGGAGAUUACCGACUCGACGAGAACUGUCACAAGCGUUUGUCUGGCAAGAAUCUACGAAAAUAUGUAUUACGACGCGGCGAAGGCAAAAUUCAUGGACGCUAUCGACGAAUUUAUCAAGGACAAACUCUUGACUCCGGAUAUUGAGUCAAAGGUACGAGUCGUGGUGUCAAUAACGACCCUCCUGCUAGGACCACUGGACGUCGGAAACAGUGUCGUGGCAAAGGACGGAAUAAUGCAAAUGAUUUUAGUGAUGGCUGGCACUGACGACGUUCUCCAGCAGAAAGUAGCUUGCGAGUGUAUAAUAGCGAGCGCAUCGAAAAAAGACAAAGCCACGGCAAUCAUUAGCCAGGGAGUGAAUAUUCUCAAGAAAUUGUAUCAGUCGAAAGACGAUUCAAUUCGUGUUCGUGCGCUCGUCGGUCUUUGUAAACUGGGCGCCUCGGGUGGAUCGGACGCGACAUUCCGUCCAUUCGCCGAGGGCGCGACACUGAAACUCGCCGAGGCUUGUCGACGUUUCCUGAUAAAUCCCAAGAAACAAAAGGAUAUGCGCAAAUGGGCCGUGGAGGGUCUCUCGUAUCUCACAUUCGACGCCGAGGUCAAGGAGAAAUUAAUCGACGACAAGGAAGCGAUACAAGCAAUGAUCGAACUCUCGAAAACCGGUGACAAGUCGGUCGUUUACGGCGUUGUCACGACACUCGUGAAUCUAUGCAAUGCCUACGAUAAGCAGGAAAUAAUUCCCGAAAUGUUGGAACUCGCGAAGUUUGCCAAACAACACAUUCCCCAGGAGCAUGAAUUCGAUGACGAGGAUUUUGUUCGUAAACGAUUGUGUAUUCUGGCGAAAGCCGGUGUCACGACUGCACUGGUUGCACUCUCAAAGACUGACAGUCAGAAUUGCAAGGAAUUGAUAUCGAGAGUUUUCAAUGGAAUUUGCAGUCAGCAGGAGAAUCGUGGCAUUGUCGUGCAACAAGGUGGGGCGAAAGUUCUCCUGCCCUUGGCACUCGAGGGCACUGACAAGGGAAAGAAACAGGCCUCACAAGCCUUGUCCCGUUUGGGAAUAACCAUAAAUCCCGAAGUCGCUUUCCCAGGACAACGAUUGUUUGAGGUUAUUACUCCGUUGAUAAAUCUCCUGAGUCCCGAGUGUGCUGCUUUGGAGAAUUUCGAAGCACUGAUGGCACUUUGCAAUAUUGCUGGUGUUAACGAUGCGGUGAGAAAGAGAAUUCUGAAAGAGGGUGGACUGCAGAAGAUUGAGAAUUACAUGUAUGAGGAGCAUGACAUGUUGAGAAGAGCCGCCACUCAGUGUAUGACAAAUAUGGUGAUGUGCGAGGAGACGAUUCAAUUUUUCGAACAGGAAAAUGAUAGAGUGAAAUAUCUGACGAUUCUCUGUGAGGAGGAGGAUGUUGACACAAGUAUGGCAGCUGCGGGUGCAUUGGCAGUUGUCACUUCGGUCAGUAAGAAAACUUGUUAUAAAAUAUUUGACGUACAACGCUGGCUUGAUGUACUUCGUUUUCUACUCGCGAAUCCAAAUAUGGAUGUUCAGCAUCGCGGUAUUGUUAUUGUACUCAAUAUGAUUAAGUGCACGAAAGAAGUGGCGAGUAAAGUUAUUGAAACUGACAUUAUGGAGAUUUUAAUGGCUCUGACGAAGAGCAACGAUGUCGAUAAGAAAAUACAAAAAAUCGCCGCCGAAGCUCUCGAAGAGGCGAGUAAAUGGAAAGUUAUCGAAAAAUCCAGUGAUAUGGAAAAUACAGUGGACUGAAAUGUUAAUCUCUCUCUACCGAAUGUGCCUUUGUGAGUGAAGUAUUUAGAUUUUAAUGUUAUUUUCAAUGGCUGAAAUACGUAAGUUUUGUACUUAAAAUUUAUAUCGACUGUUACUUAAAUUAUUCAUUUCCCCAUAGGAAAAAUAUUAAAAGUGUAAUUAAAAAUAAUGGAUAAUUUUAUAGAAAUUAAAAUUAAAUAUAUUACAAAAAUUAAAAAUGUUUUUUAAAAAUU